CUCUGCUCUUCAGCAACUCUUGUCCUUCCACACUAGCUACACAGAUUUCCUUGCGCUGGAGAGAGCACUCCACGACUGCACGCCGCCAUGAAUCUCUUCCGGUUACUAGGGGAUCUAUCCCACCUUCUCUCCAUCCUAAUUCUUUUACACAAAAUGAAGUCGUCGAGCAGCGCGUCCGGGAUCUCGUUCAAAUCCCAAUUUCUCUAUCUCACCGUCUACGUCACGCGCUACAUCGACCUUCUCUGGACCUUUUAUGAGUCGAAGUCGCUCUACAACACUGUCUUCAAAAUCAUCUUUAUCAGCACAUCUGCGUACACCGUCUACCUAAUGCUCAACGACUACAAACCGACCCACGACCCUAACUUAGACACGUUCAAAGUGCAAUACCUAAUAGGGGCAAGCGCUGUGUUGGCGAUUCUGUUCCCCUAUAAAUAUACUUUCUCAGAGAUCUUAUGGGCAUUUUCUAUCUGGCUUGAAGCGGUGGCUAUUCUGCCGCAGCUCUUCAUGCUCCAGCGGACUGGAGAAGCCGAAACCAUCACCACUCACUAUCUUUUCGCGCUUGGCGCAUAUAGGGCGCUGUAUAUUCCCAAUUGGAUCUACCGGUACUUCAUGGAAGUGCCACGUUUCUGGGAUCCGAUUGCGGUGAUUGCGGGAAUUGUGCAGACGAUUCUAUAUUCGGACUUCUUCUGGAUCUACUACACCAAGGUCAUCCAGGGCAAGAAAUUCAACCUACCGGUUUAAGUAUCUCAACCUGCGACUAAACCUCCGUUUACCGAAGCCCUAGGCUUUGGCCUAAUUGCCGCUUACCUUCUUGUAUCAUAGAUCUGGGAUCGGAACUAUCGUGGGCCCCGGUUCGGGUGCCAGGUUACAACGGCGUUCUUGUGGUAUGGCCUGCUAUUCGCAUUAGAAUAAGGAGCAGAUUAACAUACGUGAUUUUGAGGAGGAUGGCUAGUGUCGGAUUGGCGGUCUCCAGGGGAAAAGUCUGGUUGGAUGGAUAUACCAAGAAUGGAGUUCCUGUAUCAUCACUAGGCAAUGCGAGGGAAUUUCGCAAGAUAAUGUGU